UCGCCGCACCACUUCCCCGCCAUUGCUCCCAAAUCUCCCAUUCCCCUAAGAAGAGAGAGAGAGAAGGAGAGAGGAUGGUUGGACCGCAGUACGACCUCGUCGGGAAUCCGUUGGGCGCGGUGCGGUCCACCUUCGAGAGGGCGGCGGCGGCUGCCGCGGCGGAGUCCGGGGGCCGCGACCCGGUGGCGGCGUUCCGGGCGAAAGACUGGGGCGCCACCGAGGUGUUCCGCUCCUUCCUCUUCGACCAAGGCGGCAUCGACAAGGUUCCGGUGUUGGACGCAUCAAAUCUCGGAUUGAUCAAACCGAACACCCUCGUUCGGUUCCGGGGAAUGGUUCAGGAUAUGCUCGGGAGUGAGUUCUAUGCUGGCGCUUUCAAGGAUGGUUCUACCUGGAGGACGAACAAGUUCACAGAUUUCUCACCGUUCACAAUGCCGCACCCUUGCGAUUCACAUCUCUGGGAGCGCCAUCUCUUGCACUGUGUGCCUGUGCCUGGACAGAACUCUUGGACAAUGGAGUCUUCUCCCGGACCUGACUUGCGCCAGAUGUCAAACUGCUCGACAUCUGAACAAAGGGACAAAAGAAAAAGGGAUGGAGAUGAUGAUGCCAUGGAUGUUUCAGAAAAUGGUAAUGGUGAGGGUUCUUCAUUCAGUAAGAAACCGAAGGAAGAUGGUGUCCAGGGCUCAUCUAGUUCACCAGAAAUGCCAGUGAGUGAAGAUCGCGUGCCAGAGAUGAAUGGGGAUGAUCAUCAUAUUCCUGGAAGCUUCUUUUCAUGUCUAGUGAAGGUCUAUGAUAUGCCUGAAAGUCAAGUGAAACUAAACGAUGUUGCUGAGUUCAUAGGUGUAUAUACAUUUGACCCGGAACUUGCUGCUCCCGUUGAUAAUUCAGACGAUAUAAUGUUUGACCUACUAGAAGAUGUAACAGCUCAGCUUCCUCCCAGCAAGGUACCCCGUCUUCACUGUUUGAUGUCGCGAAAAUUAUCAUGUCAUGAUUUUCUGUCAAAGCAACCUGCUGUUGAGCCUUCGCCAAGCUUACUAAAAGGCAUCCGACAAUCUUUGCUCUCGCAUCUCACUCUGGUAUUAGGGAAAGAUGACCUGGCAGCUCACUGCUUGCUGUUGCAUCUUCUAUCCAGGCUUCGUACUAAGGUGGAUUUGGUUACCGUCGGUAGGCUCUCCUUGAAUUUCACUGGAUUCAACAGAGAAAGUGCUUCCAUAUUUGGAAAUCGGCUAAAUACUUUGGUCCAAAGACUAGUGCCAUAUUCGCAAGCCAUUCCUCUGUCAAUUGAUUAUCUCAACACAGCCACUCUUCAACCUAGGAAGGAUAACAAGUCAGGAAGGUUGGUUACAGGAGUUCUGCAGCUACCUCAGGGCACUCACCUGACCUUUGAUGAGACUCUCUUGCAGUCUGGAUCUCUGGCAUCUAAAGGUGUUGAGAAUACUGUGCUGCUUAAGAACUUGAUGGAGUCACAGAUGGUUGAGUAUGAUUUUGAGUACUACAAGCUAGAAAUGGCAACGGAUGUGCAGCUACUUACUCUAUCUGAGGCAAAAUCAAACAUAUUGCCUUCUGACUUAGUAGUGCCUUUUCGUCCAUCCUCUGUUCCUGCAGUAAAUGCAAGUCUUGAGGAACUUGAGAGUUGGAGAUGGUACUUGGCCACGGUUAGGUCUCUUCCUCAGUUAUCUGAACCUGAGACUUACCAGGCCAUCCAAGAUGAUAUGGUCAAUGUCAUGCGCAAUGAUAGGAGCUUGGGUUGCUCUGAACUUAGCAGAUGGCUAACAAUGGCACAGCUAACAGCUUCAAGCUUUGGUGAGAAGAGUCUUUCUAUGGAGCACUGGCAGAUGGUGAAGGAGCUUGAGAGGCUUAGGAAGGAGAGGAUGCAAUGAGAAGAGACAUUUUAUUAGCCCAUGAAUCUGUAAACUCCGUUAGUGUAGUGUCUGUUGCUAUGUGUAUAUACCACCCCUGGUGUCUAAAUCAAGACAAUCUGCAACAUUGUUCGUGAUCCUAUGAGGAUGCCAUUUGACAACUUAAUUAUCAAGUUUACCCUGCUUCUGUGAAA